UAUUUGAUUCUCGAAAUCAGAUGCAUCCCUAAGGGAGAGGGAGGGUUCAUGAAAAUAUUGGUUUGGUGUUUUCUUUUGUCGUGUUUCAUAAUAAUUAAUAAGAUUUUCAUACGCAAAUCAAUUAAAUGCAAUGUCUUUUAAUAUAAAAGAUGUAACCCUCAAAGAGGAUAGACCUAAAACAUUAUUGUUACAAAAGCACUCUGAUUAUUUAGCAACCUAUGGACAAAAUAAAGAUGAUUAUGAAUUUUGCAUGACUGAAUAUCUACGAAUGUCUGGAAUUUAUUGGAGCCUCACUGCAAUGGAGUUAAUGGGCCAGUCUUCCAGGUACGAUAAGAUGAAACAUGCAGAAAUGAAAGUUUUUUCCUUAUAAAUUUCUCCAAAAUUCAUUAAAAACAACUUUCCUGUUUUUCAGAAUGCCUAAAGGAGAGAUAAUAGAAUUUAUUACAUCAUGUCAAGACAGUGAAAGUGGUGGAAUAUCAGCUAGCAUUGGACACGAUCCUCACAUACUUUACACACUGAGCGCAGUUCAGGUGCUUGCUAUGUAUGACAGAUUGGAUGCCAUUGAUGUUGACGGUGUUGUUAGAUACAUAGUAUCUUUGCAACAAGAAGAUGGAAGCUUUGAUGGUGACAAAUGGGGUGAAGUAGAUACCAGGUUUUCGUUCUGUGCAGUAAUGAUCCUCUCAUUAUUACAUAGGCUGGACGCUAUCAAUAUAAACAAGACUGUUGACUUUGUAUUGAGUUGUAUGAACUUUGACUGUGGAUUCGGAUCUAAACCAGGCUCAGAGAGUCAUGCUGGACUCAUCUAUUGCUGUGUAGGCACAUUGUCAAUCUGCAAGCGUAUGGAUGCAUUAAGAGCCGAUGAGCUUGCUUGGUGGUUGUGUGAAAGACAGUUACCUAGUGGAGGGCUCAAUGGCCGCCCGGAAAAACUACCCGACUUAUGCUACUCAUGGUGGGUGAUGUCAUCACUGUCGAUGUUGAAUAGAAUACACUGGGUGGACAAGAAAAGUCUCGAGCAAUUUAUCUUGGCCUGCCAAGACUCUGAGACGGGCGGCUUCAGUGACCGACCAGGCGACAUUCCCGACCCAUUCCACACCGUAUUUGGUUUAGCAGGCUUGUCAUUAUUAGGAGACACUAGCAUCAAACUUGUGAACCCAACAUAUUGUAUGCCUCAAGAAACCAUAGACAGAUUAAAACUCGAACCGCAAGUGCUGCAUAUUUAAUAAGAGUGUGUCUAUAUUGUGAAAUGUAAAUGUUAUUGUAAAGUUGAUUAUAUUAAUAUACUUAUUUAAACAGAUA